AAAACAGAGAACAUUACAACGACUACCGCAUCAAGCUCAUAGACUUCGGGCUCUCCAAGUGGCUCUCCAUAGGCUCGCGGACCACCAACCUCUGUGGCACCCUGCAGUAUAUGGCGUGGGACUUGACACAUUACCUAUUUUAAAAGUGAAAUGGAUCAGUGCUUCGCACGCGUCAAUAAUUUCCCAACAAUCUCCUUCAGUCGCCAGUAGCCACGCCGUCCGAGUGAUUAUGUCAGUCGGAGGUCAGUGACCCCGAGAUGAACGCUCGGAGCAUCGCGUUCGAGCUGUCCAUGGAGGGUCGGCAGGUGGACGAGGUGGUCGCCAGCAUCUUCCAUACCGUUCUGUUCCAUCGCUCCAGCGGCAAGUUCACCUACAACAACGAGGAGAGCUACUCCAUACGGACCGUCAGCUACGUGGACGUCGACUGCGACUUCAUAGACUUCACGUACGUGUGUUGCGAGUCUGAAGCGCUGGGGAGGAACGUCAAACGCGAAAUAUCCGACUUCUCCGACUUACUUCGCGGCGCUGAAAACACGGCUACCCCUCGCGGUUCGAUCAGCUUAGAAUUCUUUCAAAAGCGCCGCGCCCGCUGGCCGUUCCAACCCGAAUGCGUGCCGUGGGAGGUGUGGACGGUGUACUGCGAGCUGGCCGAGGCGCGCUCCGAGCACGACAUGCGCGCGCAGCACGAGGGCGUCGUCGAAAUGCUCCAAGACAAAAUAGUCUUCAUCACGGAGAUCAUCAAUCGACACGAAUACGUGCCUAAGAUGCCGAGUCGCUCCGACGCGGAUCUAAUCUUCGAUACGUCGUACCCCGAUAUCCAACCUUACCUGUUCAAGAUCCAUUAUAAUUUGUCCGGCGCGCCGCCGCUCACAGUGGGCAACACUGUCCGCAAGCUGAUCCGAGAUACGCUUUCGUUGUGAUGUCUGCCUCUAUACUAUCUAUGAACAUGUUUGCACAAAACAUCCUCUGUGUUUAAUGUGCAAUCAAAAUGAUCCCCAAUUUAAAGGCCCGGGUAAUGCAAAGGCUGGUUUUAAACUGCCUUGAGACGUAAACUCUCUGGGUCAAAGUGUAUCAAAAGGGGCCCCUAAAAUGGAACCAGCGAUGCCCAAAUUCCCUAUUUUUCGGCUAUGUCUAAAUCGUGUGAUAUAAAUAUUCGCUAUUCCGCUUUAUAUAAAUAUUAAAUUGUACAUCAAAAUUUUAAUCGGACAUUGUAAAUUGUAAAUAAUGAUGGACAAUUAUAAAUGUAAUUAUGUAAUUCAUGUUUUAUUCUAUGUAAUAAGGCAAAUGUUUUUUUUAUUCUUGACAUACAUAAUAAUCCUUGAUAUACGCAGCAAUAUUAACAAAUUAUAGAUUGUACUUAUGUAAAUGUUUUUGGUCGCACAGUUAUUAUUUGUCGUAAUUAGAGUUUGUUUGAACCGUAGAGUCGUGUCGUACUUGUUUUAUUUAUUACCAACACGGCUCCACGUAUGUAAAUAGUUUUGUUUGUUUGUAUUUGAUAAUAACAAUACUUUUGCUAUUUUCUUCAAGCGAUUUUUAAUGCAGAAGUAAUUUAAAUACAAAAAUGGUGGAAUGAAGCAAAAGUAUUCGUUCUUACGCUUAUAUGAAAGCUAUGUCUUUAAAUCUUAGUAAGUAAAUUUAGUUGUAAUUUUUUCAGAGCUAUGACUCAAGGCUGGUUGAUGUGUCCACUCAUUUAUAUGAUUUAUUUAAGGUCGCCUAUGGUUUACUUAUGAGCUCGCUUCGGAAGUUUCACGUUCAUUGUGCACUGUAGAAGUUCCAAUAGUUAGUUCUCUAGUUAUUAAUGACGA